AUGCAUUCAUUUCUGGUAACGGAGUUGGAGGACGGUGUCUUGAUAGGCUGCUCCCUCAACCAUACUGGAGCUGACGGUGAGUCCUUCUGGCACUUCUUCAACUCCUGGUCCGAGCUCAAUGCCGGCCAUGAAACCAUAUUGCGACCGCCAUUGAUGGAGCAAGCCCAGAUCCCGAAGGAGCUCCGCCAAGUCCACUUCCCACUGUCUGAACACCGUCCUCCAACCCGCCAAGUCCACUUCUGCUUCAGUGCCGAAGCCAUAUCCCGGAUCAAGGCCAAGGCCAACAAGCACUCGAAGCUGCAGAGGGGUGAGAUCUCGUCAUUGCAGGCACUUGUUGGGCUCAUGUGGCGGACCAUAACAUGGGCCCGGAAGCUCCGGGCCAACCAGAUCACUGCCUGCAAGUUGGCAGCCGGGCUUCGAAAGAGGCUGGACCCAACUUUGCCCCGGGAGUACUUCGGCAGUUGCAUGCUAUUCUUGUCGACGGAGGCCAAGGUGGGUGAGCUGCUCGGGCAGAACCUGGGUUGGGCAGCCCGGGUGCUGCAUGAGACCGUGUUGAGGGAAACAGCCAACAUGGGUCGGCAGUGGCUCAUGAACAUACAAUUGUAUGAUGCGAAUGUGUUUGAAUCGAAUGAUGUUAUGGUGGCCAGCUCCCCAUGGUUAGAGAUGUAUGGGAGUAACUUUGGGUGGGGGAAAGGGUUAGCGGUGCUCAGCGGGAGUGUCAAUAAGUUUCGUGGUAGAAUUUCAGUCUUCCUCGGAAAAGGUGAGGGUGGCAGCAUGGAUCUGGAAGUCUGCCUUCUCCCUCAUGUUAUGGCUGCCCUGGAGUUGGAUGAAGAAUUAUUGGAUGCACUCCUUCCUUCUUAUUGA